GUUCAGCGCUCGGUCACACGGUCCAGCGCUCCAUGUAGUGAGGGCACGGCUUCCACGGACGCUCCGCUGUCUGGAUAUCACUUUCUCUGGAUUAUAUUCAUUUGAUGCUUUUUAUCUCCACCUCGAUGUAUAGAAAUGGGUAAACUGCACUCCAAGCAUGCCGCUAUUUGUAAACCGAGGGAGAGCCCUGAAGGGGACAGCUUUGUUGUGAAUGCCUGUUUGGCUAAAAGGGGGGUCGACGACUGGCUCGUGAAGCAGAAGUACUACAGCGCGAGCGCUCGCCUCGAGCAGCAGGACUGUCACCGUAACUACGGGCUUACUGCGCGGGACUCAUUGGCUGACGCAGGGAUCGUUGAUGAACACUAUCGUUUAGAAGUGGCUUUACCCCCGGAGAAGACAGACAUCUGCUGUGUGGAGGAGAAGAUGCAGGAGAGGGACAGCCGGUCCCCUGCAGGGCAACAGAAACAGCUCCAGUUUGAAGAGCUGGAGUGUGCUGUGUCUUUGGAGGAGGACAACAGACAGGAGUGGACCUUUACCCUCUAUGAUUUUGACAACAAUGGCAAAGUUACUCGAGAGGACAUUACCAGCCUGCUCCACACCAUUUAUGAGGUCGUGGAUGCCUCCGUCAACCACUCUCCUGGCAACAGCAAGACUUUGAGGGUCAAACUCUCCGUCGCUCCGGACUCAAGUCAGCAGUGGAGGAGCUGUGCUCAGGGUGCGACAGAUAUGUCCCACUCCAGAGAGAAAAAUGAUAAAUGCGUCGAAGAGACCAAGAGUGCAGACAAGAAGUCUCGAGCGCUCCUCAGGCGCCACCACAGCGACCACCACACCCAGCUUGGCUGCCAGCGCCACUGUGUGGACGAGAACCUGGAACGCAGGAACCACUACUUGGACCUGGCAGGCAUUGAGAACUACACGUCGCACUUUGGAGUCGCUCCUGCUGCUGAACCAGCGAAGGCAGAGACCCAGACUCGCUCAUCCAACCAGGCUCGUUCUCGCUCACACGAACCAGAAAACGGACUCCCCCACUCACACCACCGCCGGCUCAUGACGGCUGUGGACACUACUGCUCCAGAAGGCGUUCAUCCUGCCCGGCCCAGAGGCCAGGAAACCGGGCGACACACCAUCCGUUCUCCAAAGACUCAUAGCCGCACACCCACUGCCCAGAACAGCGGCAGGGUGAUGAGGAGUCGAGGCGCACCACCUCCGCCGGCUCUGCCCUGCCAGACGCCUCCUCAUCAGUCCACUGCUCCAUACCGUAAACACAAACAGCGAUCUAAAGAGAGCAAUGGCUACCGGGCCUUAGGUGCUAUUGGCUCUCCGGGACCUGUAGUGGAGAAAGAGCAGGUGAGGGACCUGCCAGGCGUUCUGCUCUACGACGGUGGGCUGUCACAAGUGGUGCAGCGGCAUGAACAUCACCAUCAUCAUGAACACCAUCACCAUUAUCACCACUUUUACCAGUCCUGAAACUCUGAUUGGCCGGAGACGGCUCAGCGCCCCUGCAUUGCCACAAAAACCAAACAGGCCAGCAGACACUGACUGCAGCGAGCUGCACCGGCACAGGACACUGGAAGGACAUGAGGAUGGUGGCCAUGUUGUGCCUGUGCUGGAGUGUUAAGUAACCAGAUCUAUGAAACGGUUGGUCUGACCUACAGAAGCUUUGGUAUGCAGCAGGAUGGUGAGUCAGAGCCCAAGCUGAGCGGUCGGACUGGAAAUUACACCAAUGGCAGCAAUGAAAAGGUGUUUUAAACUUCCACCCGUUGAACUGUACACUUUCAGACCAGCAUUCCAACACUACCAAGACCACCAAGUCAAAGGGAAGAAAAUAGUAGAGAGGAGGAGCCUGUGUCUGAAUAAUAUAUAAAUAUAUGAAGGAAUUAGGGCGACGAGCGAUUUGUAAAAAACGUGUCAAAAACAAAAUGAACGUGUAGGCGUAUCCGAGUGUCACAACACUGGUGUCCGUUUGAAACCACUUCAUGUCAUGAUCCACAGCUGUUUUUGUUUUCAUGUCUCCAUAUUUGGUCUAUUAGUCUACCUUCCUCAAUGACCAGGUUUGUUUCUUCCCCUCAGCUGCUCUGCAUUCAGUUCAUUGUGCUAAACCUGCAGCUCAUUGCAUCCACUUAAUUUAAGCUCCUGGUUUCUCUUUGUUCCCUGCUGGAUUCUACCGUUUGCAGUGUGCUUCCUUGUGUCCUGCAAGUGUUUUUUUUUUUUUUAUAUAAACACUAGAAUAAUAUCUCAAUCGGUCUGCAACAACUUCAAAAGAGGAAACUGGAAAUGUUGGCGGGAUUUAAAGCAAGCUCUCAAUCAGCAACACACUGUAGGUAUAAAGGGGAAGGAAAACAGUAGAAUAGAUCCACUUCUACCUCUUUUUUCAUCUGAAUAAUUCUGAUGAAUCAAUAAUCAAGCAUUCAUUUAAAAUCACUUUCAAACUUUGAAUGAAGAUAAAUCACGUCACAUUCUGCAGCUCAGAACACCAGAAAGCCUCUUUUUAAAGAUUAACAUUCACUGUACAUAAAGUAUUUAUGCUGUCAUCUAGUUUCUAAGCUUUAUCCAUGUAUAGUUUGUGAAAACUGCAAUUUUAUUAUGACCACUAGGAAUAUCAGUAGAACAUGUAAUAAACCUUUGUGUCAGAUUUGUUUUUUUGUUUUAUUUUUCCUUUUUUACCCAAUUUACUGACUAAUAAUGUCUGUUACUCAAACUCAAAAGCCAGGAUAUUUAACAAGAAUUUGUUGUACAGAAAAUUUGUAUUUGAGGGUCUUUUUUUAUUUUUUUAUCAGCUGAGAUUACGCUUGCCUUGUGUCAUUUUCUUUACAAUCUAUAACUUUAUUCACAGUCCUCUUCCUUUAGCAUGCGCUGUAUUGGUUUUUGAAAUUCUGGGACAGUGCCCACCUUCCUAACACUGUGACUCGUGAUCUCCCAGCUGCUCUUUCUGUUACCACGCCAUCAGCCCUUCCCCCGGCUGUCAGCGAGGCUUUUACCGAGCCGCCAUGUGUCCUCGGCGCUCAGCUGACAAGGCUGCGUUUGUGAUGCGGCGGGGCGACGGCUCUCUCAGCUGUCUCAUUCCUCUGGUGCCGAGAAACUCCGGAGCCCAGCCUGUGAGCUCCGGCAAACCCAUAAUUCAUAUCCCAUGACUGCAGUCCUGCAGAGGUGUUCAACCUGUCCCCCAAAGCCUUAACAAUUAGAUGCAGAUAGGACCUUUAAAUAGAAGCAUCCUACAGAAGCUGCCGCUAUAACAGUUUUUUUUACCUACCUUUGCUUUUUUUAGUCAAGUUGGCAAAAGAACAAAAAAAAGUUGUGUUGCCGUACCGUACUUUUCUUCAGGGCCUUGCAGAAGCAUUCAAACACUUUAUUCUUUUUUUUCUUGCAUUUUUGUCACUUACAACCACUAACUUGAUUGUAUUUCAUUAGUAUUUCAUGUGAUAUGUGUUGGAAGGUGGAUUGAUGAUGUAAAAAAAACUACGGAGGUGUCCAUAUUCAUGGUAUGUCUUUACAGGCUUUGCACUUUUAGAGAACACAAUUUACAAAUUUUGCAAGAUAGCUUCAGCUCAGUGGUAUAAAAUGGUUAGAGAAUCUGAACAGAGAUUCUAAAUCCAGCCGAAAAUCAGUCCAUUUCAUCUACUAGGUCAUUUUAAUAUACAUAUAAAUGCUUUGAUCCAUUGCCAAUGUAGUUCUGGUGGUAGGAUUAUAUUUGUCCAGCUUGAACACAAACCUCCACCCCAUUCCUGACUCUUUAGGAGGAAUAUAUCUUUUGUUUCCAGUAUUCCUCGACAUUUACCAUUUGACAUCCGGAGGAUACAGUUGCUUGUUCAUUUUUUUAUCUCCCCAUAAGGGUUUUUUGAAUGUGAAACUAAAAGUGUAAUUUUGGUGAUGACAGAAUCUUCUUUCUCAUUUACUGUGACCCCUUUGCAGCUUAACAAACUUCAACAUCCUUUCUUUAAUAAUGUCUUUUAAUUUGCCUCCCUUGAACAAACUACAACUGAAAGAUCCCUAUUUACUAAAGAUGUUACAGUGGAUUUUUUUACUGAAGUGUUGUGUUAUAAAGAGCAAAGUAUGUUGAUGUGCUCCUUACUUAUCAGAAAAAUUUUAAAAGGACAAAUUUCUAAUUCCAAUAAAAUUGGAAUACCUUUUCUUUUUUAUUCCACCUUUUGCAUCAGGCCCCAAUAACAUUUAUUUUUGUGGUUGUAACAUGAAAAAAUAUGAAAAUGUUCAUGGAGUAGGAAAAGUUAGAAAGUCAUGGUUUGCUGAUCUAAGUGCCCUGCUAAAAAGAAGCUUCAUCAGGUGUUAUUGACAGUUAAACUCGCUUGUUGCAGUACUGGCUUGGAACCUCCCAGAUAAAUUGUUCUUCUGAUCAGAGAAAAGUUUAUGUUUCCUUAACUUGGGAUCACAGCUUGCUCUCCAGUGACGAUGCACCCAGGUCUCAUAAGGAUUAUUGUCCCAGCUGCAGGAGCCCGGCUGACACUGUGACUUCUCUCCAUACUUUCAUCUCACCCAAGUCUGCUUGGUGUCAGCUGGUAUACGGCCGUCUUGUUGUGUCACCAAGCAGCAAGCAGGCGACUUUUUCAUCCACCAGGGUGGUCUGAUUCGACACGUGAAGUCGGGGUCCUCUAAAGCAGUUUAAAUGGGUCACACCACUGGAUAGGUAGCAGUUUUUAAAUUUUUCACCUCCAGUUUUACUAAAAAACACCAAACUUCAGAUUGGAUUUCAUUGUUUGUGCAACUUCAAAAAAGUUUAACAGAUUUUUUUUUUGUUUUUUCUUUUCAAAACCUACCACAUCGUAGAUUGAUCCAGUGGAGGGGUGGAACAUUUUAAAAGUUUUUCUUUGCUCAUCUAAUCAGUUGUUUUUUAGAGAUGCACUGAUUACUUUUCUGUCAAAAUGUUCAAUCCCUUUUAUUUAUAACCUUUAUCUGCCAAACCUCUCAGCUUCUUAUAUCAGUUCAGGAAGAUAUAAGAACAGCAAAUGAAAUUUUAUUUCAUCGCCUCCUGCAAAUCAUUAUUAUUUAUAUAGUUCAACCCGUGUUGGGGAGCAGUUUCUUUGUGUUUCACUUUUUUAAGACAAACACAAAAUGAUUAGAGUUACAAACCCUCCCACUCUAUAUGCACUCCUUUUAGAUCCUUACCAUAAUUCAGAAAUUUCCAGAAAGCUGCUAACUUUACCAAAUUUUAAAUGCUGAAAUAAUUAAAAAGCUGCUUUAUAUAUGCUAUUUAGCCUUCCUGUUGACUGCUAUAAGUCUUAAGCUCAAACCAGAUACAGCAAAUUGCUGCUCCUAGCUAUUGUUAACCUUUCACGGGGUCAAUAUUAAGGACUAUAAUGGGGGUAGGAAAAAACAUUGGAACUGCUCUCCUCAAUCUAGACAUUGCAACCCCUUGGAUGAGAGCUAUAAAGAAAAAAGUUAAAUAAACGUUGAGAAAGGCUGAGGCUCUCCAUUAUAAACCCAGAACAUAAAAAAGUGGAGACAUUUGUGUCACACUCGGUGCGCGUGAAUUCAUGAUAUAUUUUUGUUAAAUCAAGCCUUGCUCUCUCUUGCAGCCUGACCAACGAACACACCUUUAAAUGCAUCCGACAAUGUAGAAAAGUUUUGGCGGCACUUUUACUUCUUCUGACUUCAGAAAGCAUUAACAGAUAAUUCCAAGUGAAAACAAGCUAACCAAAUUCUUUUUUUUUUUUUUUAUCUCAAACUUGCUGGUAACUAUUUAAUUUCUCUUUCCUUAUCCAUUCAUAUCAUCAUUGUCUGUCGUAUGAUGCAGACAUAUAUAUAUAUUCACAAUUCUGUCGGACGUUGUGCUCAUUUGUAAUGUUUUAUAUUUGGAGAGUUUUUGCUUAUUUUUGAGGCAUGUGGCUAAAACUAGUUUUAGUGCAACAUCCAGUUUUUGUAAAUGAAUCCCAAUGCUAAAAAACAUGCUCAUGUUAAUAAUAUCUAAUGUACAAUCCAGCAUUAUUCUGAUCUCUUGUUGAUAUUGGAUUGAAUUAAGACUGAGUCAGCAUCAUACUGAAACAAUAUUAAGGCUUAUUUUUUAAUAUAAGUUGUAAAUUUGUAUCUGUAAUCCACUCUCAGUUCUUAUCUGGCAUGAUGGUCUGACUUAGCAGAGAGGAAUAAUUGUCCCUAUUUUAUUUCUACCAAUUUACUUAAAUUUUUGGUCCUUCUAAGCCUCAUUAAUUCUCAUUCUUUUGCCUCCAUCACAUCUACACUUUUUCAUGUCUUUGUUUAGUUUCUAUUAGAUUAUAUUUGGUUUAUUUAUUGCAUAGCAGAUCUGUGCCAAGGGAUUAAUUAAAAUACAAACCUGUUCCCGACUCCUGUUUAUUAUUUUUUUAUACCCACUAACACAUACAUCUGCAGGACAUUUUGUAAAAAUAAGCUGUUCUCCAACCGAGGUGAGGAAACAAAUUGCAACAUAUUUAUUUUAAUAACAGGAUAAUCAUUUGAUACAUUUCACUUUUCAUGUUUUUUUCUUAUUUAUUUAAAUGUCUGCUGUGUUGAUGGCAGGAUACUCUGCCUAAGACAAGUGUUUCUGUUGUUGUAUACAACAUUUCAUGCUACAACCAGUGCAUUUUAUUUGGAUUUUAUAGAUCAAAUAAAAGUUUUUUGUUACUGGGUUGAAGGGAAAAUGAC